AUGAAACUGGCGGAAGAAGCAGCAGGAUGGCUGAAGGGGAAGGAGGUCUGCCAUUCGCUAAUGCGGGAGCAGCGAUUCGCUCCUUUGAUCCUGAAGGUGCUCACGUGCAUGGGAGCGCAGGAGGAGCUUUGUGGUGUGCUGGGGUGUGUGAUGGAGGGGAUGGCUGGAUUGGCCCAUCAUCCCACUGGUGUAGAGGUCCUCGUGGGCUGCUUCCAGCUCGUUUCCAGCAGGAUCAAGUCCGGCAAGGUUGCAACGUCUCCAUACGCACCCGUAGUCGAGCAGGUGCGGCAGGUAGUGGCGGGGGAGGAAUGGCGGGGGCUGCUCUCAGAGCGACGGGCGCUUCGAGUUGCAUGCGCAAUGCUGGAGCUCUCGUGCAGUCUACGUGGUAGUGGCGAGUGCAAGGUAGCAGAGGCAGGAUCGCGCGAAAGGAUCAGCCGAAGCCUUGAGAGUUUGUUCGAGGAGAUAUGCAGACGAACGCUGGAAUGUCUGAAUGGUGGCUUGCUAGAACAUGCUGACGAUGAUGUUGGAUCUCUCUUUCUUCGGCCUCUCCUCUCCGCCAUGACAUCAGGACAGCAAGAUGGUUGGCAAGAUAAGUAUGUAGAGAAUCUUCUAGCUGUCAAGGCAGACGCCAACGGUGAAGACGUUUCAGAAGGUACUUACAAGGCCCUUCACAAGCUGCUCUCAACGGCUGCGGGAAAGAGUCUAGUGAAAGACUUGAUGAUGGUCUGCUGCAAGGACGGUUCUCGUGCAGCCAUGUUCAAGCAGAUCUUCAGAUUUUGCCUGCAACAGGUGGAGGAGGCUCACACUGACCAGAUAAGGCACCCGGAGAUGGCUUCUGUCUCUCCUUCUAAUCAGGAGGAGGAAGGCGUCUCUUGCAGUGCGAUCAAGGUCUCGUUCUUCCUGCUCUGCGAGGGACAGUGCAAGGCCGCAAGCUUCAAGCCAGACAAAGACGACUCGCAAUGGUGGGGUCGUAGAGACGCUCUGUGCCGCUCUGUUGCUGCGUCAAUGUGGCGGGAGGAAGCAAGGGGAUGGGAGCACACACAAGAGUGUGUGUUGCUCUUCGACGAUAUGGGCGCCUUAAGGAUCGGGAAAGAGGUCACGAGGAAGAUCAGAGUGCCGACGGAGCGAAGGCUCUUGUCGAUGAUGCGCGAUGCUUGUCUGGGAGCGAAUGAGACGGAUGGCCUGCAGUACUACAAGGGAGUCGGCGAUGACAAGUUUGAGACUAAGGAAAAGAUUUCGAAAGUUGUUGGGGAGGUGUUCAGAGACUAUCCGCAUGAGCUACCAGUGUUCGGCCAGACAAACGUCGACAACAAGUUUAGACACGUCAUCUUUGUCCUAGGAACUGUCCGGGACAUGACGGUGAACGAGCAGAAAGCCCUUGCGGCUGCGGUCGAAGAGAAGUCGAUCACUGUCCUCGGAUGCAAUCUUGGGCGAUCAGGUCCACUUGCGUACCCCAGCGGAGUUCACCUCCAAGGUUCUGUUUGCUCUCAACUGCCAUGCUGUCAAUGGAAGGUUUGGCUCGACGUGGAGGAGUUGAUGGAGACUUCACUUUGCUGUCUUCUUGGGUCUAUCGGCGUGCGAAGUCUCUUCGUCUUCUGCAUCAAGGGAUUCGAUGUAUGCUCUAAGUCAGAUCAUUGUGUGCGGAUUGUGGAGAUCGAAUCUUGGAGAGCUAAUGGAAAGGAAAUCGAGGCUCACAGGUCCACCAGGUCUGAUGAGCUUCUUCCGGGUAUUUCUGUAAGCGUGCAAAAGGGAAAGAUGAAGAAAGCUAUAAGAGAGAUCAUGGAGCAUCACGAGUUGUCCUGUUUAGUCGUCUUGGACAUGGUGGAGGUUGGUUGCUGCAGCACAGAAGCAGGGGCUCAGGAUGAUGAGAUGUCUGCGGUGAAGCUUGCGGACCUAGUCUACUCUCAGCCCUGUCAUUGUGAGCAGUCGUGCAUGUCUCUUAGUGCAAGGGGAGACGAAGCGACUAGGAAUGGAUCGAACGCCCAACAAGAGUUUGACAUCAUUGUAUGUAUCAAAGUCAUCAAGGACCAAUCUCUGCUUUCCAAGACUUCCAGCAGGAUCAACAAGGCAAGCGUGUCGUCCAUACAGCACUGGUCUUAUCACGGGCUUCUUGGAAUUGCUGCGAAAAGGACGGGGGAGUCUUGUCCUCAACUUGAAGCUAAACCAGCUCGACCUCUGCUGGGCAACUCAGUGAGAGCUCUUCCUGUCCUCAGCUCUGCAGGCUCCCUAGCUCUGAUCCAGCUGCUGUUGGAGCUAGCCUCGCCUGAGCUCCUGUCGUCCUUCAGCAGAAAGCUCAAGAAAGCGAUCAAGGCUUCGCCAGGUCUCAGUCCCAGCUUGUCUGCGGCGCUGGAGACGGCGAACAACCGACGCGCUUCCGGCAUGGCUGCCGCCAACGAUUCGGCAAUCCGAUCCGAUCGGGUGACUGACUCAGUGACCGUGGGAAAUUAG